UUUGUUUGAAAUUAAUUUAACAGCUCAAACUCACAGUAUUUAUUUAUUCAAUAGACUUGUUGGGGACAUUAGGUGCAGCCAAACAUGUGAUAAAUAACAUUAUACAGGUGUUUAUUAUUGUGUCCACAUUCACGUCCCUCUUCCAGCCAGGUAAACCCCGCUCACUCGGGCUGCUCUGUGCAAACAUCGAGCCAACCCUCUGGUUCCUCCUGCAUGACGCACGGAGAGCGCAGCCAGUCCGCUCGGCUCAGCUCGGCUCGGCUCAGCUCAGCUCAGCUCGGACCCGUCCACAGCAACAUGCAGGAUGGCGAGUGUGGAGACAGCCGCCGAACACGAACGCAUCCUGCGGGAGAUCGAGAGCACGGACACCAACUGCAUCGGGCCGACCCUCCGGUCGGUGUACGAUGGUCGGGAACAUGGCCUCUUCAUGGAGAAGCUGGACGCACGCAUCAGAAACCACGACCGAGAGAUCGAGAAGAUGUGUAACCAUCACUUCCAGGGUUUCGUCGACUCCAUCACAGAGCUGCUCAAAGUGCGAGGGGAGGCGCAGAAACUGAAGAGUCAGGUGACUGAGACCAACAGGCGUCUUCAGGAUGAUGGAAAAGAGAUCAUAACCUCUAUGGAGGAGCUGCAGCAGUGCCGAGUGCAGCAGAGGAACAUCGCUACCACCAUAGACAAACUGACACACUGUCUGCCAGUCCUGGAGAUGUACAGCAGACUUCAGGAGCAGAUGAGGGCCAAAAGGUACUACCCGGCACUGCGGACGUUGGAGCAGCUGGAGCACACGUGUCUUCCCAGAGCGGGUCAGUACCGGUUCUGCGCCAUCAUGGCAGAAAACAUCCCCAAACUGAGGACACAGAUUCGGGACACGGCCAUGACACAGCUGAGAGACUUCCUGGAGAGCAUCCGGAAACACUCUGACAAGAUCGGGGAGACCGCCAUCAAGCAGGCCCAGGUGCAGCGCUCGUUGGACAGCUCUGUCUCCAUGCAGCCGAGGGCCCUGAGUGGCCGGCGCAGCAGAAAGGAGGAGGCGGCGGCAGCGGCGGUAGGAGCGGGGACGGACAGCGACGGACAGGGUGGCAGUCCGGUGUCGGAACAGGACUCUGGCAUUCUGGAUGUGGAGGAUGAAGAGGAGGAUGAUGAAGUCCCUGGAGCUCAGGACUUGGUGGAUUUCUCUCCAGUUUACCGCUGUCUGCACAUCUACACUGUGCUGGGUUUGCGUGAUGUGUUUGAGAACUACUACAGAAAGCAGAGGAGGAAACAGGCUCGCCUUGUGCUGCAGCCCCACUCUAACAUGCAUGAAACUCUGGAGGGAUACAGGCGGUACUUCAAUCAGAUUGUCGGCUUCUUUGUUGUUGAGGAUCACGUCCUUCACACCACGCAGGGUCUGGUCAACAGAGCAUACGUGGAGGAGCUGUGGGAGUUGGCGCUGUCCAAAAUUGUUGCUGCCCUGAGGACUCACUCCUCGUACUGUGACAACCCUGACCUGGUGCUGGAUCUGAAGAACCUCAUUGUCCUGUUUGCUGACACACUGCAGGGUUACGGUUUCCCCGUUUCACAGCUGUUUGACAUGCUGCUGGAGAUGAGGGAGCAGUACGGAGAAAUCCUGCUCAAGAGAUGGAACAUCACCUUCAGGCAGGUGUUGGACCAGGACAACUACAGUCCGAUCCCAGUCUCAACUGAGCAGGAGUACAGACACUACACUUCCCAGUUUCCCCUGCAAGACCCCGAACUGGAAAAGCUUCCUUUCCCCAAGAAGCUUCCCUUCUCCGAGUUUGUGCCAAAAGUCUACUGCCAGCUCAAAGAGUUCAUCUACGCUUGUUUGAAAUACUCUGAAGACCUGCAUCUCAGUUCCACGGAGGUUGACGAUAUGAUCCGCAAGUCGACAAAUCUGUUGUUGACCAGAACCCUCAGCCACUGUCUGCAGUACGCCAUUAAGAAGAAGAAUGUCGGGCUGGCAGAGUUGGUCCAGGUGAUCAUAAACACCACCCACCUGGAGCAGAGCUGCCACUUCCUGGAGGAGUUCAUAUCAAACAUCACAAAUGUCCCGCCGGACACAGCAAAUGCAACCAAGCUGUACGGGACUUCCACCUUCAAGGACGCUCGUCAUGCGGCUGAGGCUGAGAUCUACACCAACCUGAACGCCAAAAUCGACCAGUUCCUACAGCUGGCUGAUUAUGAUUGGAUGGCAGCAGUGCAGGGAGGCGGGACUCUGGACGCCAGCGACUACCUGAUUGACCUGAUCGCUUUCCUGAAGAGCACCUUUAGUGUCUUCACCAACCUGCCUGGAACGCCCGUAGAACACGCUACCUUACCGGGUAAAGUGGCCCAGACCGCCUGCAUGUCGGCCUGCAAACACAUCUCCACCUCCCUGAUGCAGCUCCUGCUCGACCCGGAGGUCAGACAGAUCUCCAUGGGCGCCCUGCACCAGCUCAACACUGACGUCAAGGAGUGCGAGGGUUUUGCCAGAGCCGGCCCGGUCGCAGGCUUCCAGGGUGACACGUUGCUUCUGGCCUUCAGUGACUUGAGACAAUUACUGGAACUGUUCACCCAGUGGGAUUGGUCCACCUACCUGGCUGACUACGGCAAACCCACCUGCAAAUACCUGAGAGUCAAUCCACACACUGCACUGGCUCUGCUGGAGAAGUUGAGAGAGACGAGCAGAAAGAACAACGUCUUCGCGCAGUUCCGGAAGACGGACAGGGACAGACAGAAACUCAUCGACACCAUCAUCAAACAGCUACGCAACCUCAUCGCACAGCACCACACCUAGAGCGAGCAGUCGCCACCUGAAUGCAACCAUCCAGCCUGACUUCACCGGUCUGUUCCACCUCGCAACCAUCGGCUGAUCUAUGCACCUUAACUUCGCUGGACUACACUGAACUUCCAACAUCCACAGCCAGUUCCUAUUAGCUCCUCAAAACAACCUGUCUUACCCUGCAACAAGCUCAUACUUUUGGAUUCCAUUGGUUAAUUUAAACCGCUACAACAGCUAUCAACAAUUUCGACAGCUUGGGUUAAACUUUAAAAACACCAACCUCAUAUUGUUCUUCAAGGUGAUGAUUUCAGGCCUGUGGAGAAUAACAAAGUAGAACAAAUUUAAGUAUAACACCAGCUAAAAAACAGCAUGGAAGGCAGUAAAAUGACAAGCAGUUUAGACCCUAAAAGUAAAGUAUGUGCCAUUAAAUAUGUGUUAAUCUACCAGCGAAACAAGCAGGAGCAGUAAGGAUAAGUAAAUAAAACCACAUUGGAUGACUUGCUCUGCUUGUUGCGUCAGUUACUGGAUGCCGUGGAUGUACUUGCAGGUGUAAAGCCUGUGAGAAACACAAGUUUCCUGUGGUAAUCGUGUCCGAGAAUCCAUGAGGGUUUUGUCUAACAACUCAUUUUCAGAGAAUUUAUUCUUUGUAACACAAACUUCCCUUUCCUAAAAUCUAAGUGGCUGGUUAAGCGGUCUGUCCUCAUCCCCUGUGUGUUGCCCCCCCUCCGUUGCAGACAACCUUUAAUGUCUUCCACAUUGCUCCCCCUCACUGUGGCGCAACAACAGAACGUAAUGAAUGUACGUCAGAGAAGACGUUUGAAAUACUGCAGUCAGAAAAGCACUGAUGGAUAUAAGACUAGAUAUUAACGGAAUGUUCCUCCAGUAUUGUCUAAUAAAGGGGGAUUUUCUCGCAACAUGGCAACUCUUUCCCCUCUUAAUAUACAACCUGCGAACACUUGAAUGGGCGACGCUGCUCAGAUCUGGCAACCGUAUUCCCUCGGUGAGCGUUUGGGAUUUAAAAGGAGGGAUGCUGUCCAAACAUGGCAACCCAUUUUUCCGCUUUCAGUAUCAUAUGUGAUUGGGGGAGGGUGUUGCUUGAGCAUUUUCGAUUCGUCAUGUAUGAAUAACUGGGUCUUAAAGAGGGGGAUAACGCCCCCAAUCUGGCAACUGCUAUGAAAUGUUUAGUUUUGUUUGCCUGGUUGAUUAGAGAGAAACUAAUCUGUGUAGAAACCAUUGUACUAAUGCCAAGCACACACACUUGUAUGUCUUCCAUAAACAUAUGCCAAGCAGUGUGUGUGUGGCUUCUCGUACACACACACGAGGGUUUGUUUAGUUGAAGCACAUAAUUACAUUUACACUAGAUUAUUUUUUGAACUAAUAUGGGUCUCUUUGCUCUUUGUGUCGCUUUUUUUUCCCUUGAACUUGGGUGCAAUAAUAGCAUUGAUACUACAGCAUUGUGUGUGUGUGUGUGUGUGUGUGUGUGUGUGUGUGUGUGUGUGUGUGUGUGUGUGUGUGUGUGUGUGUGUGUGAGUGAGAGUGAAUCAUGGCGCUUCAUAAAAGGGAUUCAAACCUACAGUGUGUGUCAGAAGGGAAUUUAAGUCUUCCUGUUCUAUCGGUCACCAUGUUUGAUUUACUGAGCAGCAUCAUGUCGUGUGUGUGUGCAUUGUUGCAGACGUGUUUGUAUAUGUAUGUUUGUUUUUCAUCCAUCCGUAGCUGUGUAUCAUUUUUAGGUGUUAGUAAGGGAAUGGGGCCGUCGUUAUUGAAUGUGCCUUUGCUGUAUUUUGUGUUUAUAUUUUCCUGCCAAUAAAGCAGCAACACUGUGGUGCACUGGAGUCUGGACACGGUUUACUGAACCUCAAUGAACUGAUAAACAAAAGUCUUAACGAAAAGUCCACUUGCAAGCUUUUUCUUCCAGAGCUUUCAACCUCAUCUCUCAGUCUCCUGCAGGUCUAAUGUUACUCUAACUUUUCUGGGACACAGAUUAUAGCGCCUGUAGUCACAUUAAUUUAAAGACUCCAAAUGCUCUGACAUAAUUUAUGACCUGAAAUGUCUUGAAAUUAACGUCUGUAUCUCAAAGUUAGGAGAGGAAAAUGCACUGUGUUUUUAAGAAAACAUUAAAAACAUAAAUUUCUUGUUAAAAAUACAAAUGUUACAUUUUUAAAUCUGAGUUAUCUGAUCCAUUUCAGUUUGCAGAAAUACAUUUUCUAAUUGGUCUAAUUUAGAUGUCCUCAUGCUUUUUUCAGUAAUAGUUAAAUGAGCUCAAGCAGCAGAAUUUUGGACGUACAGUUGUCUGACUUUCAGCCAAUAAGCUGCUCCACUUGUCAAUUUCCUUGCUCAUGAGCGCUGUGGCAGUAACAGUCAAGGCAACAGUGUUACUUGGUGGCUUUUCCGUGGUGAAUCAAUCACUCUAACAUUUAUACUCCUUAAUCUUUGCCUGUGUCCAGAGUCCUCGCACUGCAGGUGUUGCUGCUACUUUGUUAUGUAUUUUGUAAGCAGAAAUCUUUACUGAGACAGAAGCACUGUACACGCUGUUGUAUUAAACCACUAAUGAAUGAAACUUAAGUAAAAUACUAAUAAAGUUGCAACAAAUGCCAACAGACAAAUAUGGAAUAAAUGGAAAACUGUUGAGAA